AUGGAACAAAUUGUUAUUGUAUUAUGGCGAUUGGCAAAUGGAGUAGGAAUACGAGUAAUAGAGCAAACACUUGGAGUAAGUCAAGGAUUUGGGUUUGAGCAUGGAGAAUCUGGUUUAGGAAAUCGCAAACUACCCAAUAUUAUUGAUGUAAUGGAUGGAUCACAUAUACCUAUUCAUUCACCUUCUAAAAAUGAUGCACAUUAUAUUAAUCGUAAAAGUUUUCAUUCCUUUAAUCUUCUCAGUUGUUGA